GUGUGUCUAGUUAACCACGCACACCUCGACAGACUUCUUGCACGAGUGUGUUUGGUGAAGCGUUACAUAAAGAGAGCAGACAGACAAUGUUUUAGAUAUCAUUUUAGUUUUACUCAGAGCCAAAGCAUAAUUGUACUGCUAUAACAGCUAUCUUGUGGCUCAGUUCUGAGAAUUAUGUUUAGUUACACGCAAUAUGUUUCAGGCUGACUCCACCUGCUGGCUUGUUAGCAUUUUGAGCACAUUACACUGACUGAACGUCGUCAGCUGACUGCUGGUUUUACGUUAGUUUAACUGACACGGAGGAAAGUGGAUCAGUGCGUCAACUCACGAAUUUUUAUUUAAAUAGGCUCAGGUUGAAGGAUUAUAUCGCUAGAUAUUUCUUUCUCCAAGCUUCAGCAUCGAUCGUGUAAAGUUUUCUGGAUUUCAGACAGCGCGUGGUGGUAAAGCAGCAUGUCAAGGUCAGAUUUCCCUCCGAGUUAUGAUGAUUCCCGGCUGCUCUCUAACCCUCAGCCUGGAGGAGGUUACCCCGCUUCUGUCCCCCCAUAUGGCUUCAACGCAUACGCGGGACAGCCGCCUUACCCACAGCCCAAUGAUCCAUACCGAGGACAGCCGCCUUACCCACAGCCCAAUGAUCCAUACCGAGGACAGCCUGCGGGAUACCCCCCGCCAAAUAUACCUGCCAUCCCCAUCAUUCCUCCUGGUGUAGGUGACAAUGAAGGAUUUACCACAACAGGAGGAUUCGACGAUAUUAGUGUCCGUCACACUUUUAUACGGAAAGUUUAUCUGAUCCUCGCUUCUCAGCUUAUCGUCACAGCUGCCAUCGUGGCUAUUUUCACAUUUGUGGAACCUGUAGGAGUGUUUGUGAGGAAAAAUCCAGCCAUUUACUGGGUUUCAUAUGCUGUCUAUUUGGUCACACACAUCGUAUUGGUUUGCUGUCAGGGACCCAGGAGGCGUUUCCCGUGGAACCUGAUCCUCUUGUCCAUUUUUACACUGGCCUUAUCGUUCAUGACUGGAAAUAUAGCAAGGUGAGACAUGUCACACUACAUGUACAUCAUGAUCUCAGUGAUGAGAUACAGUGGGUGGAGAAAUGAGAAAAGAGCACGAGUCUCAGGACUGUUGACAGUGUUUUAAUGGAUGUCCUGUAAACCCUCUGUUUACCUUUUGACAAUUCCUUUGUCCAUUUAGUUUGCAGUGAUAGUGGUUUUGUUCCCACCCCUUUUAAUUCUUCGUACUAUAACAGAUAAAUGCUGUUUUUCAGCUUUCUAUUUAUUGUAUAAUCCUGUUUGUGGAUCCCACGGGGAAGU